AUGGGAGACAACCUACCGUUACUACCGGAGAGAGAAGCGAUUUGCACGGAUGUGCGGCCGGUCUUACGCGAAGUAUUUCGCGACGAGGACUACUUGCCGCCAAUUGCUGACUGUUAUCCGGAAAAUCAUGAUGAUAAGACAAUUUUGGAACAGAAAAAAUGGGUCGAUGAGUUUUCAUCAGAAUGCGAAAAAUUCCACGAGAAAGAGAAGAACUUGAAAUAUAAAUACGCGCAGCGGUUAUCCAGGGAACCGUUGCCAAACAUCUUCAAAAUAUACUCCGAUCUUAGCAACGGAUCAGAAGACUCCUGGACUGUAGUGAGGAAGGACUUGAAGCCGACGAUAGAACAAGAUGCUGGGUGUAACACAAGUCUGUGGGUGAAAAAUAUUUUGAACAGGAGUUCUGGAGAUUUGACUGUUUGUCAACAUGAACCCAAGAUACCAAGCGGAGAAGCAAUAUUUCCACCAGAUGAUGUGACCAUACAAUCGUACAGCAUAGGAGAAGCCGUACCACGUCCACCUCCCCCUCCCCCCAAGCUGGCCAUCCAACCCCCACAGCCAGAGUACAUUCUAUGUGUGCCCCCACGAAUUGAGUUCGUCAAUUUUACACUUGGUCAUGUUCAUACGGAAACUCUUCGUCUCAUAAAUGUGUCAAAAUUUGAAAUACGCCUAUCAGUGACACCACCCAAGCGAAAGGAACUGGACGUGGAGUUGUGUUCUAGGCUGGUGGUCACGUCGGGGUCCGCCGCUGAAUUCCGGAUCCACUAUAGGCCGGUGGACGUCCGCGCUGUCGCGGAUGUGUUGCAAGUGCGCGUGUCUGUUGGGCGUGGAUUGCUGAUACCGAUCUCUUGUUACAUGCGACCGCCUGUUUUGGAAAUUCUUGUGCCGAAUCUGACAUCAGUUCGCCUGGACUCCACGAACCCAACGGAAACGACUGCAGACGUGCUGGACUUGGGUUCCAGACUGCUGGGAGACGUACACCGGGCGUCCGUUCUCUUCUACUGCGCUGAGAAGCACGCUUCCUUCUUCCUCUUACCCGAAGACGCUUGGUUUAGCUUCUGUGUUGAUGUGGCUGCGAGUUCUGGUAAGGGCAAGAGCGUAGGUGGCGCGGCGAGCGACAAUUUCUGGUUGAGUCCAGUUCGCUGGUGUGGCGGUGGCACCACCCGCGCGAUCGCCGUCUGCUAUGCAGCUGAGCCAGGUCUACAUACCACUGCGUUGAGGAUCCUGAGCUCCACGGCGAUAGUACGACCUCUGAACCUGGUCGCUGAUGCUCUAUGGUUUAGACCUACCCACAUAACUUUGCUUGCUCACGAGAAGGACUAUGACAUCUGCAGUGCAGAUGAUCCAGCUUGUGAGUACUACGUGCGGUUGGGGACAGCAUUUCCGGGACGUCCAUUGUCGUCUGUGAUAGAAAUUGUCAAUCAUAGUCCCCUCUCUUAUCCUUACUAUUGGAGUGUCAGGGCGUGGGGUGUGUGCUCAUGCUGGACUGGCUCCGAGACUUCGCUCCUAGCAGAAGAUGAUGACCUUUGCGAUGAAGCUACGAUGUUGAAACGACAAAAACAUGGAGUAAACGAAGAUGCAAGGGCAGUCCGGGUGGAAUCAGCCAACGGGAGACUGUUUCCUCGUUCCGUUACGCAGCUCCACGUUCAAGUACCUGACGCUGGUCAUCUCCUGGGGCAGCACAGAGCCGUGCUUAUGUUGAUUUUGAAGGCAGUUCCAAAGGAGAGUUUCCCACCCAACUACGACGCAAUGAUAGUGAAAACGGAGGUUGUCAAUGAGGAGGGAAUACCAGGUGUCUGCUCGAGCUGGUCCCGUGAAGUUUGCGACAUUGUUUGCUGUCAGCUAGAAGUAUGGUGGGAUGUGGUGCCGGUUCGAUUCGUACUCGAACCGCCCGUUUUGAAAUUGACUCAUUCUAGAAGGAUAAAAUCAACGGACAUUUGUCUAAAAGCGACACAAUUGUAUGGCGUGACCGGGGUCAAGGCAAGCUGGAAUGUAUCUGGAUCCAAGGCAAUAAAUUUGCUGCCCGGGGAAGCCGUUGGAACUAAUUUCAAUUUACAAAUGCAGCAGCUAGCCAACCACUAUCCGGAUCUAGAUGUUAUUGAAUUAAACGCUGCGAGCAAAGAAUGGAAAUCGUCUUGUGUCAUUCAAAGAUGUUACAAUACGCGUCACCCAUCUCUACGACCAGCGUUGAAAUGGCUUGGCUUGGUUCCACCUGGAGCCAAGGUCCAGACCGAAUUGGUUGUCCAUAACGACACUUAUCAACAUAUUUGCUGGUGGGUGACAUGUGUGCGUUGGUGGGGUGAGCGUCGUGUCGCCGAUGUGUGUGCGUCCCGCGCGCCAUGUCCCCAAUGUUACGAAAGGAGUUGCUCCUGCGCAAUGAUCAGUCCAACGCGGGGUGCUCUUGCGCAUGAUCAAAAAGUCACUUUGAAGUAUAGCGUUAUAGCUCCCGAUAUAGAUGGCGUUGUAGCGACCCUAAUACAAGUGCACAGGACAUCUGGAGACGUGUGCAUGGUACCUUCAGUGGCUGGAACCGAGGCGAGAGCGACGCUACUCGCCUAUCGAGUGCUGGCGCCAGUAGUAGUGUUGCAAGUGUUGCCUUGUUUGGGAGAUAAACAUAAGCAUUGUAAGGUUUGCUCCAUGGACACAAACGAGCGAAAGAACUGCGCUGUGCUUAGACCAAGCUUUGCCCUAACAGCUGGUUUUAGAAGCUGCUACCGUCUCAGGUGCGCUAACUUAACCCCCCCUACCGACAACGGUCAAGUGGAGGAAACCGCUUGUUUAGUUAUUUUAGGUAGUGAGGGCGAGGACAAUCUGAGAGUUAUAUUUCUGCCGAACGACUUUGAUCUUCGCGGUCACAGCUCUAUCGAAAUACAAGGCUUGGAAGUUGUAGUGGACAUACCAACUGGUGAUGGUGUAAAAACUGAUUCCUUCUUCAGCAUCAAAAUGAUGGAGAAAGAGUCUGCACGAAGAGAGAAAAUGGUGUCCCCAACUGAAUUAUUUGAAGAGGAAGACCGGAAGCGCGCAGUACAAAAAGAGAACAUUUGCCAUUGUCCCUAUAAAAUGGUGUACAUACCACCAGCUACAGAGCCAUCUUCCCCCCUGGAUGAGGAGUAUCGUUGUGUUGAUGUCAUAACCGAACCGCCGCCACUUACUCGAGUCUGCCCAUGUGGCGGGAAGACGAAGCCUGUUCUUCCUGAGUCAGAAGAACCUUCUUGCUUGCAGUUCAGGAAUUUACCUGUCAGAACUGUGCAAACACGGACGAUGAAAUUACGGAACCUGUCUUCGCUGUUUACGCGGAUAGCCACCGCUGUUCGCAACUGGCCACGAGUACACAAGCGGACGUUGAGAUCAGAUAAAUGGGCUGAUGACGUCAGAACACCAGGAGUCAUCAUCGAGUGUAAAGCUUCAGAAAAUGCGCUUGCGCCGUGCGGAAUGGUGGAGGUAACAGUCAGCGUAUACGCCGAUUGCUGGGGACUGUACCAUGAUCAGGUGUUGAUAAUGAUUGACAACGUCGACUCAAUCGUUUUGGACGUCUGGAUAGAAGUGGUUGGUCCACCUCUGUACUUUCCGUUGCAAGGACAAUGUCACGACGCUUGUACUCCUAUUCUGUGGAUGUCAUCGUCAGAUCCGGAGCGAGCUUUGGUCGUGGCAAAUCCAUCUCGUUCGUGUCUGAAUGUUCAGACUUACGUUAUUACUGAAAAUCAAUAUCCCCAAGAUGAACUACCAUUUCGUCUCUACCUUCGCUUCUACUAUGUCCCUUCAAGAACUUGUCCCUGUGUCACGGCUUUAGAUUCCAUAUCGUACGCUGAUGAAGAUUCAGAUAAGAACAGCAGUUCGGAGUACUCGGAAAUAGACGGAAACUGA